AUGACUAUCUCGUGUUGUAUAUGCGGUACCCAGAUCGAAUCAAAUGCAUUAAAUAUGUGUUCAACGUGUAUUGCAUCCGAAGUUGACGUAACUGAGGGUAUCACAACGUCAUGUGAAUUAAUUCAAUGUCGUGGUUGUCUACGUUUUCAAUCGCGAGGUAAAGCACAACAUUACAGCAGUAUCACAGGUGCAUGGUUGGAUUGUGAUUGGGAAUCAAAGGAUUUAAUGGCAUUAUGUCUUAAAAGUAUACCAGGUCUUAAUAAAGUCAAACUGAUUGAUGCAAAAUUUAUCUGGACCGAAGAGCAUUCGAAACGUAUUAAGCUUCGAUUGACUAUACAGCGCGAGGUUGUGAAUCAUGCUGUGGUUCAAAAUACGUGUCUUAUCACGUUUUGUAUCCACAGUGUCAAGUGUCCCGAUUGUAUGAAGCAAUAUCAUAACAAAACAUGGAAAGCGCUUGUACAGAUUCGACAAAAGACUGAUCAUAAACGUACAUUUCUACGUCUUGAACAAGAAAUUUUGAAACACCAUGCUCAUGAAAAUGCGAUAAGUAUCACAACAUUAAAAGAAGGCAUGGACUUUUAUUUUAAUUCGAAAUCAACAGCUGAACGCUUUCUUCAUUUUUUAACGGCUCAUGUUCCCAUGCGUUCCAAGUCAUCCAGUAAAUUAAUUUCCGAGAAUGUGCACAAUUCGACCGCAAAUUUACAGCUUACAUAUAGUGUUGAGCUGAGUCCAAUCUCGAAAGAUGAUUUAAUAGUUUUACCGAAAAAAAUUGCGCAGAGUUGUGGAAGUAUAGCGGACAUCACAUUAUGUGCUCGUACGACAUCUAUUAUUCAUUUGGUCGAUCCACUAUCCGGACAGCAAGCGGAACUUUCAACUGAUCGGUACUGGAAGUUGCCAUUCUUACCGCUCGCAACUAGUUCCGAUAUGGUUGAAUUUAUUGUCUUGGAUGUUGAAAUCGUGAACUCGCGCCAUAAUGUGAGCAUGAAAGGACACAAGUCGAAUAUUGUCGUGGCUGAUGUGGAAGUUGCUCGUAAUUGUGACUUUGGUGUGAAUGAUACAACGUUUCACGUACGUACACAUCUUGGUGGUGUGCUGGCUGCUGGAGAUACAGUCAAGGGGUAUGAUCUUUCAUCUGCUAUCUUUGGGACGAAUCAAACGCUUACACUUAAAGAGGAAUUGCCCGAUCUUGUCUUAGUUCGAAAAGUUUAUCCACGAGAAAGUAAACAUAAAAAGAAAGAUUUCAAGCUGAAGACACUUGAUGCGAAUCGACAGGGAAAAGUUAGUAAAACUGAGGUCGCUCGGAUGGAACGUGAAGUAAAAGCGUUUACAGAGGAAUAUCUCGAGGAGACGGAGCAAGAAGCAAAUGCAUGA